AUGGCGCUUGUGGAACAACAAUUGUACUCUCGUGUCCAACACAUCGCAUCUCUGUUCCCCAACGAUCUCGAGCGCGCCGUCUACCAAGAUGCUGCCCUGACAUGGCGUAUGCCCUAUUGGGACUGGGCCUUGGUACCCUCGGAUGGCAGUGCCCCGUUCAUGGACGAGUUCGGCUGGGAAGACAUUACGAUUUACGGCCCGAACGGGCUACAAGAUAUUUCCAAUCCGCUUUACAGCUACCAUUUUGGGGAGCGUGAAAUGUUCGACGUGAGAUCUACGCAGUGGAACGAGACCAAAAGAGCCCCCUCUUCCCUGCUAGCCGAUGCAGUAUCCCACAAUCAAGGUGUUGCACGACGACUGUCCUCGAAUAUCGAUCAGUUUCAGCAACGCCUGUUCAUGCUCUUUACUUCCUAUAAUAACUACGCCACAUUCAGUAGCACGCAGUACCGCCAAGAGGGCAACGAGACAACCUAUGAGUCAAUCGAAGGCAUCCAUGACAGCCUCCACUCCAUCAUUGGGGAAAGGGGACACAUGGAUUACAUCAUGUACUCGGCGUUCGAUCCUAUCUUCUUCCUACACCAUGCUAAUGUAGAUCGACUUGUUUCCAUGUGGCAGGCACUCAAUCCCAGGUCGUGGGUAACGCCAUGGCCGGCAACAGGUUCCACUUUUACAAGCUACGAAGGGCAAAUCCUCGACGCUGGCACGGAUCUCACUCCGUUCUACGCGACUACGGACGGCCAGUUUUGGAAUUCCAACCUCGCAAGGGACACACGAUCCUUUGGAUACGUCUAUGAUGAUACUGCCAACGUUUCUCUCAUGGACGUUUCUGAUGACGCAGCCCUGGGAACCCUACGGAGCGUCAUUAGUAGGAAAUACGGGAAUUCAGUUCAAUGGCUCGGCGUUGAGAGGCCCACCCCGGGAGGAAUAGACGGUGAUGGAGUAGAUAGAAUUGCAGUGGAGAGGUUUAGGAAGGCGGCCAGCGCAACUGGACAGUUUAUACCGGACCUUUCGGCUGACGCUCGACUCUUGCACGCUCCGCAAUCGGCUACCUUGGGAGCCAGAGAUUCAUACGUGGAGUGGAUAGCAAACAUUCGGCUUCCAAGAAAGGCUGUGCUGCAGCCCACCUCCUUGCUCUUCUUCAUUGGCGACGUCCCCUAUAAUUCCAAGGUCUGGAAGGAUUCACCUAACCUUGUGGGGUCGUUUGGGAUAUUCUCCAUGCCGACCGCCACCAGCUCAACAAGCCAGAUUACCGGGACGCUGCCCUUGACAGCGGCGUUAAAGAAGAUGGUGGCGGCUAAAUUUGUGGCGAGCAUGGAUUUGGAAGCCAUGGGCCCUUACCUUGAACGGAAUUUGAAAGCGAGAGUCCUUGACGUGAACGGGAGAGUAGUGGACCCGAGAAGUCUGGGACUGAGUAUCACGGUAGCGAGCGCGUUUGUGCGCCCGCCGUCGAAAGAGACCGAGUUCCCCGUAUGGGGGCCCUUGCAAGCCACUGCAUCCCUUCACCUCGACAUCGCUCCUCCCCUCUCCGUACCUCUGGGGAAGCUUCAAAAUGAGCAUUUCCGCCCACAAGGGCGACAAGUCAGCCCAGAGGGCGGGCAAGCCGUGGUCGGUGGAAUUCGACACCGUUCGCCGGCAAAACCUUUUCCAGAACCCUCCAAAGAUCGAUCGCAACACCCUCUGCUCCGAGAUGCCGUACAAUUCCACAAUGAGUCCUUCAACGCCUUAUUCAGCGAGCAGGGCCUUAUCCGACACGGAAUCGAGGACAUUGGCACAAAGUGGUUUCGGGACGGCGAACUCUCACAAACCGGGGCGACUUCGAAUGACCUGAGGAUACGAAUCAAGCAUGUGGCCUUGCAACGCCCCGAAAUCAUUCCCCAUAGGCUUUCCAAGGGAGAUAGAAAGCCGCUAUACCCGUGGGAAUGUAGGGAAAGGCACAUCUCGUACCGUGGAAAGCUGUUUGCAACACUAGAGUACACCAUCAACGACGAAGAGCCCGUCGAGUUCGACUUGGAUCUUGGAAAGCUACCCGUAAUGGUCAAGUCCAACAGGUGCCACCUCGAAAGCCUAGCCCCGGCUCAGCUGGUGGAAAAGCGCGAGGAUUCGGAAGAAUUAGGUGGCUACUUUAUCGUCAAUGGUAUUGAGAGGAUUAUUCGACUUCUCCAAGUGAACAAGCGCAACUUCCCCAUCGCCGUUGACCGUAAGAGCUUCGCCAACAGAGGACCCGAAUAUACCACCAAGGGUCUGAUUAUGCGCUGUUCUCGUCCCGAUGAAACGUCGGUAACAAACACACUCCAUCUGCUCAAAGACGGAAACAUUGUCAUGCGGUUUGCGUGGAGGAAGCGCGAGUACCUCGUACCGGUAAUGAUGAUCUUCAAGGCCCUCAUCGACACCAACGAUAGGGAGGUAUUCGAGGCCAUUGUCGGCCGUGGCGACUCGGAGGCUGCCAAGGGAGCUCGUCUAGUCAACCAAAUCGAAGUGCUGCUCCGAACCUUCAAGAUAUAUGGGCUCUAUUCGAAGAAGCAGGCACGUUCCUUCCUCGGGAGCAAGUUUAGGGGCAUCAUGGGCGUGCCGAACGCCAUGUCCGACUUUGAUGUCGGAACCGAGCUCCUCCGAAAGAUUAUCCUCGUCCAUCUCGGAAACGUCAAUGUAACUCACGAACAAGAUUGCGAUAACCGACGAAUGCUCCCCGAUAACGUGGAUGUCGUAUCGAACCAGGACGUCCUCCUCGGGGGCUUCUUCUACGGAAUGAUCAUUAAGGAGCGUCUGGAGGAGAUGAUUGGCACCUCGCUCAGGGCCAGUCUCGUGCAGCAUUUCCGCUCGUACCCCACGGAUACCUUCACUUCGUCCAAAUUCCAACAAGAAUUCCCGAGGCGCAUCUUCACCAAGGUAGACUACAAGCUCGGUCAAGCAAUGGAAUACUUUCUCUCCACCGGUAAUCUCUCCAGUGUUUCGGGGCUGGACCAGCAGCAGGCCUCGGGUUUCACCAUCGUCGCCGAAAAGCUCAACUACCUCCGCUACAUUAGCCACUUUCGCUCCAUCCAUCGUGGUGCCUUCUUCACCGAACUUCGCACAACCACGGUGCGAAAACUGACCCCGGAAUCGUGGGGUUACCUCUGCCCCGUCCACACCCCUGAUGGUUCUCCUUGUGGCCUUCUUAACCAUCUCGCGCACAAGUGCAAGGUCAUGACCAAGGGCGUAGACGCCUCCCAUAUCCCUCGGCUUGUCCAUCAACUAGGCGCGGACGUGCAGUCCUCGGCCACAACGGCCGAUUGCGUCGUCGUCAUGCUUGACGGCAAGAUUAUUGGCUGGUGUUCGCCUGCGACAGCCAAACGAAUUCACGAUUCCUUCCGGCAUUGGAAGGUGGAGGGCUCUCACAAUAUCCCCUUGGAGCUCGAGAUUGGCUACGUUCCGCUAUCGAGCGGCGGUAUGUAUCCCGGCGUCUACAUGGCAUCGAAGCCCUCGAGAAUGGUGCGACCUGUCAAAUACCUCCCGUUGGACAAGGAAGACUACGUUGGGCCGAUGGAGCAAAUGUACAUGGGCAUCGCCGUGGUGCCAUGGGAAAUCGAAUCUGGGUUCCACACCCACAUUGAGUACUCCCCACCCAUGUUCUCUCUAUUCUCGCCAACAUGA